AUGGUCGACCAAUUCUUCAACAAGGCUCGACCGUUCACUAAACGGCAACGCGAACCGACCCAUGGAGAUCCAGCUUCGUCUGAGUCGUCGAGUCGUCGAGCGGCGCGUGGUGCUGGUCGCGGCGGCGCAUUCGGGGGGCGUUCAGCGGCUGGUGGUGCAGGUCGAUCGGGGAGAGGGAGGAAAGAUGAUGGUGGUGGGAGUGGGUCGGCGUUCCACAACAAGAAGCCGAGGACGGCGAACGGGGCAGGGAAUGCAAAGGGCAAGGCGAAUGCUGCCAAUGGCGCAUCGACGGGACGACGACGGCGCGACGAAGAGGACGAUGACGACUUGAACGACGACAAGUUCGACUCGGAUGACGAGGAUCACGACGACGAGGAUGAGGAGGAUGAGUUUGAGGAGGAACAGGACGAUCCGCUCGAGACGCCCGCACAGAAGAGGUUGAGGCUUUCGCAGAUGUACCUCGAUUCAUUGGCCAAAGGAGCAAAGGGCCAGGGUAUGUCACUACGAUCGCGUACGUGACGUGUGGGGGGAGACACUGACUCGACUCUUCCAUGGCGAUCAGACGAGUUUGGGUGUGACGCGGCCGAGGUGGACCGAGACAUCAUCGCCGAGCGGCUGCAGCAGGACGUCGUAAGUCACAACGCAGCUGCUUCAUCUCUGAGUGCAUCGCUCACCCUCUCUACGACCCAUCGCAGCUUCAACACUCUGGGAAACUCCACCUCUUCGUAGCCAACACGGUCAGUCUAUUCCCUCUUCGCGAAGCCAUCCGAUUGCCGAGCUGAAUCGCUUUACUCCCCUCCUUAGCUCAUCUUCCCCCUCGACCCGACCCAAAUUCACCAAACGCCGCGCAAAGCCCAUCGUGGACCUUUGACGAGCGCGAUCGCUUCCCAGGACGCGCAAUGGCUCUACACCGCUUCCAAAGACGGGAGCAUCAUCAAAUGGCACCUCGGCCCACGCGCUCAUACGGUGGGAUCCGCGCUCAAUCAGAUGGAGGACGGGGAAACACCGUCCGAGAAGAAGGGCAGCAUCACCAAGGCCGUUUACCUUCCCAAGAGGAAACGCGACCCGACGCAAAUCGCGAACAAGGAAGAAUCCGCCAAAGCCAAGGGCAAGAAGAAGGCCUUGAACAAUAGUGCGACCGCUGUGGGACAUGCGGCGGAGGUGUUGAGUUUGGAUUUGAGUACGGAUGGGACGAUCUUGGCGAGUGGGGGUGCGGAUAAGGUCAUUGGGGUUUGGAACGUUAAAGGGGAGGGGGCCAAGUGGGUUAGAGGGCUUUCGGGGCAUAAGGAUCGAGUGGCGGUGAGUUGGAGCGUUGGUCGGGCAGAGGACUGCAGAGCCGUUGACUGAUCGAUACGAAUUGGCAAUUCGCAGUCCCUCGCAUUCCGUCAAGGCACCCAGGAACUCUACUCGUCUUCCUUUGACCGAACCAUCAAGCUCUACGACCUAUCAACGCUAUCCUACGUCGAAACUCUGUUCGGCCACCAAGAUUCGAUCCAACACAUCGCCGCGUUGAGGGGCGAACUCGCCGUUUCCGCAGGCGGGAGGGACAAGACCGUACGGUAUUGGAAAGUCGCCGAGGAGUCGCAGCUGGUCUUUCGCGGGGGUGUGGUCAGUAGGGUCAGGAACGUGCUUGAUGGGGCGUUCGAGGAGGAUGAUGUGGCGCAGGUUGAGGCCGAGAGGAGGAAGAGGAAGGAGAGGGGCGAGGUCAAGUAUGUCGAAGGGAGCAUCGAGUGCGUCGCUAUGGUCGAUAAUACGACUUUUUUGAGUGGGGGUGAUAGUGGGUAAGUUGAUUUGGUUGCCAAGAUGCUCGGCGUAGGAGACUGAUACCCGUCUUACUCACCGGGCCCACAGCUCAAUUUGCCUCUGGACCACGACCAAAAAGAAGCCCAUCGCUUCGCGGCAACUCGCGCACGGCACGCACGACACCCAAUCCGCGACCGAAGGCCUCAUCGCCACACCUCGAUGGAUCACCGCCUUGGCCUGCUUACCCUAUGGCGACGUAUUCGCCUCUGGAUCGUGGGACGGCUCGAUUCGGUUGUGGAAGAUUGAUGAAAAGAUGAGGUCCUUCGAGGUUGUCGGUGAGAUCCCCGCGGUUGGAUACGUCAAUUCGUUGCAAAUUGUUUUGCCGAACGUCGAGCAGACGGACAAGGAGGGUGACGAAGACACUUUGAGGGGGAAGAGCUUGAUGGUCGUUGCUUCGACGUCGAAGGAACCGAGGUUGGGGAGGUGGAAUAGGCUCAAGGAAGGGAGAGAAGGUGCACUUGUGGUCGAGAUCCCUUUGCGAGAAGGGUAA